AUGGUUAAACAGGAAGCCUUUGAACUAGAACAGUUCAUAGAUAAAUAUGAAACAGAAGUCAAAUAUAAUGUGGCGGAGACAUGCUGUUACUCUAUGUCACUACGAGAAAUUGAGAACAUUUCAGGGAAUAAGUUUGACUUUGAUAAAAUAGCAAACGAAAGGUUAGCCUACUCGUAUAUUCAAGGUUCUCCGGGCUUGAAGAAAGCUAUUGGAGGACUUUAUGAGACCAUAGGCCCAGAAAACUUGGUGGUGACAAAUGGUGGAAUUGGGGCAAACUUCCUCUCAUUCUACACGCUUGUCGGCCCAGGUGACCAUGUCAUUGUUUUAAGUCCAAUUUAUCAGCAAUUGUCUUCGGUUCCGAAAAUGUUUGGGGCUGACGUUGAGAUCAUCAAGCUGAAUUUUGAGGAUGGAUUUCAACCCAACCUCAAGCAGCUAGAGGCGAAAAUGAGAAAAAAUGCGAAGAUGAUUGUCAUGAAUAAUCCAAACAAUCCCACAGGAUGCAUUUUCCCCCAAGAAACCGUUCUUAAAAUCGUGGACAUAGCUAGAAAGUACGGAUCGUAUAUUCUUUCGGAUGAGGUGUACAGACCACUUUUCCAUUCCCUUGAACCUGCGGAUAGCGAGCCCAAAGCUAUUGCUGAUUUGUACGAAAGGGGAAUAUCUAUAGGAUCGAUGUCCAAAAGUUUUUCCGUUGCCGGAAUUAGAUUGGGUUGGAUCGCUUCAAGAGACAAGAAUGUCAUAGAGGGAAGUCUAAUUCGUCGGGAUUUCAAUAUGAUUUCUGUCGGGGUUAUCGACGAUAUUAUUGCACAGUAUGUUCUUCAAAAUAAGGAAGCCAUAAUGAAGCAUAAUUACCAAUUAUGCGUACAAAACCUCGUGAUUCUUGACGAUGCCAUUCGGAGGUCUAAGGGAAAACUCGAAUAUGUGAGACCAAAAGCUGGAACAACUGCAUUUGUGAAGGUCAAUAACAAAGAUGUGUCGAGUACGAUGCAGAUGUGUCUCAACCUUGCUAAACAUGAUAAUGUUCUUGCAGUACCAGGUGAGACCUUCAAUUAUCCAGGCUUUCUACGUAUCGGCUUUGCAAAUCGCCGGGAAGAUCUCAUCAAUGGAUUGGAAAAGAUUCUCGCGUAUUUAAAUGUAUGA